AAAGAAGGAACCUAUGAUCUGUACAGGAAAGGGAAAGAUGGCAGUCUGACCGAGUCACAGCUCACCUUGUGACAUUGUUGGAAGGUGUUGGCGUGCGUGCACGCGCGGUUCGGAGAGUGAAAUAGAGCUCACGUGAUUAUUUUAAGGGCGGUACAUGAUACCUGUGAGGCCACGCCCCUGGUUUUACCUCAGUGUCCUGUAUGGUUCCUCUAUUUAUCAACUUUGUCACUUUGUCCAGUGUUUGCAUUGUGUAUAGUGGUUGUAUUGCACUGUGCUCCUCACCAUGUUGUUAUUAAUACUAAUUAAACACUUAAUUAAUCAGAUCAUGACAAUGCCUCAGAGCUAUGACCGCUGGGAAGUGAUCUGAUGUAUGAGGAGCGGAGGGAUGUCAUGUUUUCCUUCUCAUCCCGCAGAGGCGAUGCGGGGAAUGCGUGAAGUCCGCGCUGCUUUCCGGGGCCCUGUGUGGGAUUUGUUAUGGAUUUUUGUGCGUCGACGGCAGAUCAGGGAGCACGUGAAAGCAGCGUCAGGCGCAUCACUAUGGCGUGGCCGUGCAUUAGCCGGGUGUGCUGUCUGGCGCAGUUCUGGAACCAGUUUGACAAAUCGGACCUGUCCGUCCCACUGACCAUCCAGAACUACUCGGAAAUCGCAGAUCAGGAGAUCCGCUCGGUAACCGGAAACGUUCCCGCUGAGCGAGCGCAGCAGCGCGAGCGCGCCGCCCCGGAGCACAGAGACUCUUCCGCGGCGCAGGACGGCGGAGGCAACCGAGUGAGUCGCAGGCGCGCGGAGCCGAGUUACAAACCGCGCGAGGACGCGCCGUUCCCCAGCGUGACCCAGUACAAACAGGACUACAAACCAUGGCCCAUUCCCAAAAAAGACAACUUUCCAUGGAUUAGUAACGGCGUCGGGAAAAGCAGCCCGGUGAAGCAGCAGCAGCCGCGAGCAGGAGGAGAAGAGCGCGCGGGCAGACAGAGGCACGCGGACAGAGAAGCGGCUAAAACGAGCUCUUACAGAGAGGAGUACAGGCCCUGGGCAGGGGUGCAGCCAUCCAAGCCCAUUCAGAAAAGGCCUACAUUCCUGAGUACAGCAUCCAGCGAGCCUCCUCCUGAGACCAGCUACCAGGCUGCCUUCAGUGCUGACACACACAGACAUGCGGACGUCAGUGUGCCAGAUAUGACCACACGCACACAGCCCAACAUCACAGAGAUGGCAGGCAGGCCUGAGGUCAGUUCCAGACCAGAGGAGCAGCUGGUGAAGACGAAGUUGUCUCCCAACCCGUCCGCUGUGUUCCAGAGUGGAUCACGAAUCUUCAACAUAUGACCCAGUGGACCAGUUAACCCAGAAAACAAAUAUGGACUUAGGAUUUCACUUUGAGACAAUGCACACACAGCUCACUGAGGUUUUAGGGAACGUUUCAAAAGCUGCAGUAACAACCUUUAACAGGCUGAAUCGGCAAUGCUGCUGAAGGUUUAAGCGAUAAUCUGAAAAUGACAGAUGGUGUAAUAAAAUACCCAAGGCUAUUUGUCCAAACCAUUCCAUAGUGCUGCAUGGGUAGAAAUGAUGGAGGAAUGUAGGGCUAAUUCCACUUGGUAUGAAAUCUAUGCAAGAGACUGAAUUUCUGAAAUUAAUGUCUGUCUCAUGCAAGUCUCUUAUAUUUUGAUAUACAGUGGCAUCCUUAUAUAUUAUUGGCAUCCUUCAUGAAAAUGAAUGAAAAAAAUUACUGUAUAAAAACAAUAACACCUGCAAUAAAUGAGUUUGAGCUUAAGCAUACAGGCACAUUGUAUAGUUUUAUUUAAACUCUUUUUUCUAACAAUAGUUUUAAGUAGUGUAAUUUAUUUUUUUCUACAAAAGUGGUUUUAAAUCACAGCACAUGAUCAGCACAAUUAUUUUGUGAUGCUUGCACUAGAGAGAAUAACAGCACACCUGUUUAACAAGGUUUGAGGCAAUUGUAGAGGAUCUUGGCGCACUCCUCCAUGCAGAACAUUUUAAGCUUCUUCUUCGGUUUGCAUGCAUGUCGACUUCCCUCUUCAAUUCAGACCACAGGUUUUCAUUAGCAUUCAAAUCCAGAGACUAAGAAGAUCAAAACACAGAUGUGUUUGUGUUUCUUUAAUCAUUUUUAGGUUGCUUUGGUAGUAUUUUUGUUUUAUCAAUUUGUUGGAAGCCCUGUCUAUGGCCAAGACUAAACCUCCUGGCAGAGGCAACCAGAUUUUAUGAUGAAAUAUCCAGUUCAGUCUUCAUAAGAGCCCCUGAACUACCAGAUACAAGACAGUCCCUGUUUAAAAAAAAAAAAAAAAAAGUUCCCUUUUGUUGCCCAAAACAUGCUAAUGGUGUGCAUGAGCAAAAAGCCUGAUUUUGGUCUCCUCUCACUGAAACACACUGGCAGUUGUAAAUCUAUUGGCUCUGAAAGUCUUUGGGACAGAUUUUUUUUUAUGGCCAUAAUUGUGCUUAGUGGUAUUAUAACUGCUUAUGUAUUCUCUAUGUGUAUUACCUAAUUUGUGCAGGUCAACAAUCUGUUUCUUUUGUAUUGAAAGUUCUUUAGGUUUUCCCAUGGUAAUAGAUGACAAAGGGAUUUUACAUCUGUUCAUGUUAAUAAUGUAUGUUUUUCAAGAAUUACAAUGUUUGCAUUUAUUUAAAAUAUUCCUGCAACAAUUUUGGCACAUAUUUUUGAGAGAAAAUGCUAUUAUUUAUAUAAUGAGAAUGAAUUUGUUAAAUAGUAUGAUAGUUUCUCUGUUAUUGUGUGUACAGUUUAUAAAAUCUUUGUGCAUGCUCAUUUUCAUGAUGGAUGCCAAUAAUUCCAGUAGGCACUUUAACAGGGAGAGACAUACUGUGGCUAUAUGAAGGAAUGAAAUUAUGCUGAUCAUGUACUAGGGGAACACAAAUAUGCAUGUUUCACAAUAAUUGAAAUAUUUUUUUUUUUUGGUUUCAGGUGUUUGACAACUGGCUGCUUUUUGGUGUGUGUGUGUGUGCGUGUGUGUGUAGAAAUUAGGCUGGAAAAAUGUCUUUUGAAUAUAUAAGUUAAGCUUCACCGCCUUGUUAUUUGCUGGAAGAAGUCUGAUGCCUCCACUGUAUGCUUCUUUCCUUUAAACCCUGCUAAACCUUUAUUAAAUCAAAAUUUACUUAUUUAUGGAAUUUUUAGCAACUGAGCAGAUCAGAACCAAAUGUUAAUUUAUUUUGUUAAUUAGUUCUUGAUAGAAAUGAAAAAAGUAGAGAAUGUAUUAUUCUGAA